AUGAGUUCACAAAGCUCAGUCUUCCAGCUAAGCGGCACAUGCAACAACUACGACUGGGGCAAAAAGGGUCGCGACUCGCUCGCCGCACGCCUCUGCGAAAACACCCCAAGCGGCUUCACAAUAAACGACAAUGAAGCCUACUCAGAAAUGUGGUUCGGCGACUACCCCGACUUUCCCGCACGCGUACUGGAGACAGGCGAGCUCCUCAAGGACAUCCUAGACAAGAACAAGGAACAACUGCUCGGCAAAAAAGUCAUCACCGAGCUCGACGGCCAGCUCCCCUACCUUCCCAAGAUCCUGUCCAUCGCAAAAGCCCUACCCCUCCAGAUCCACCCAAACAAGUCUCUCGCCAGCAAGCUCCACGAGCAGGACCCCGAAAACUUCACCGACGCCAACCACAAGCCCGAGAUUGCUGUGGCACUGGGUCCGUUUGAGGUCUUUGCCGGGUUCAAGCCUCUGGACCAGAUCUCGCCCGUGUUCAACAUCCCUGCCCUGCGCGACCUGAUCCCCGAUGGGACGACUAGGUGGACGGACGAGACGUUACGGGAGGUCACGCGCCGCAUUCUGCUCGCCGAUGAAAACACUGUCGAAAAGGCCUCAAAGGCUCUCGGCGGCACCCCGCGCGAGGAGCUGGGCGGGAACGGUUACGUGCUGGAUCUUCUGCCGCGUCUGCAGGAUCAGUUUGGUAAAGGCGACAACGGCAUCCUGGUUGCGCUGUUGUGUAUGAAUUUUUUGUCGCUGGAGGCUGGCGAUGCGUUGUAUAUCCCUGCCGAUGGCAUUCAUGCUUAUCUGUCUGGGGACAUUGUGGAGUGCAUGGCUCGUUCGAACAACGUCCUCAACACGGGCUUCUGUCCGCCCGGCGACAGGAACAACAUUGAUUUGUUCAGCAAGACGUUGACUUUCAUGGCGCAUAGCAAGAAUGACGUGCUUUUACCUGCGGAGAAGAGUGAUCGCGGCACACAAGGACGUACGGUCGUGUAUCCGCCGCCGUUGAGCGAGUUCGACAUGUUGAAGACGGAUCUGGACGAGGGCAGCAAGGCGGAAGUUCUGAAGGCGAGUGAAGGACCCUCGGUUGCUAUCGUCACUGACGGCGAGGGAGUUCUUGAGGCGGACGGGAAGAAAUUUGACGUCAAGGCUGGUCAUAUUUAUUUUGUUGCUCCCGGCAUCGAGGCCAAGUGGGAAACCAAGGGGAAGAUGCAGGUCUUUACGACUGUGGUCUAA